GGUCGGUGGAGAAGCAGCCACUUCCUGACGCCGCCGGCCGGGGCCGCUCGCCGCACUCAGCGCUGGAGCUGGUAUCCCGCGGCCUCCACCAUGUCCCACCAGACCGGCAUCCAAGCUAGUGAAGAUGUUAAAGAUAUCUUCGCCAGAGCAAGAAAUGGAAAAUACAGACUUCUGAAAAUAUCUAUUGAAAACGAGCAACUUGUGAUUGGAUCAUGUAGUCAACCUUCAGAUUCAUGGGAUAAGGAUUAUGAUUUCUUUGUUCUACCCCUGCUGGAGGAAAAACAACCAUGCUAUAUAUUAUUCAGGUUAGAUUCUCAGAAUGCCCAGGGAUAUGAAUGGAUUUUCAUUGCGUGGUCUCCAGAUCAUUCUCAUGUUCGUCAAAAAAUGCUGUAUGCAGCAACAAGAGCAACUCUGAAAAAGGAGUUUGGAGGUGGCCACAUUAAAGAUGAAGUAUUUGGGACAGUAAAGGAAGAUGUAUCACUACAUGGAUAUAAAAAAUAUUUGCUAUCACAAUCUUCCCCUGCCCCGUUGACUGCAGCUGAGGAAGAAUUACGACAGAUUAAAAUUAAUGAGGUACAAACUGAUGUGAGUGUGGACACUAAGCAUCAAACACUACAAGGAGUAGCAUUUCCUAUUUCUCGAGAAGCUUUUCAAGCUUUGGAAAAAUUGAGUAACAGGCAGCUCAACUACGUGCAAUUGGAAAUAGAUAUAAAAAAUGAAAUUAUAAUUUUGGCAGACACUACAAAUACAGAACUAAAAGAUUUGCCAAAGAGGAUUCCUAAGGAUUCAGCACGUUACCAUUUCUUUCUGUAUAAACAUUCCCAUGAAGGAGACUAUUUGGAGUCCAUAGUUUUUAUUUAUUCAAUGCCUGGGUACACAUGCAGUAUAAGAGAACGGAUGCUGUAUUCUAGCUGCAAGAGUCCUCUGCUAGAAAUUGUAGAAAGACAGCUACAAAUGGAUGUAAUUAGAAAGAUCGAGAUAGAUAAUGGGGAUGAAUUGACUGCAGACUUCCUUUAUGAAGAAGUACACCCCAAGCAGCAUGCACAUAAGCAGAGGUUUGCAAAACCAAAAGGUCCUGCAGGAAAAAGAGGAAUUCGAAGAUUAAUUAGGGGUCCAGCUGAAACUGAAGCCACUACUGAUUAAAAUGAUUAUAUUAAACAUUACAAUACUAGUUUUUUAAAAGUACAGCUUUUAGUACAGGAGAACUGAAAUCAUUCCAUGUUGAUAUAUAGUAAGGAAAAAAUUGUAAUUUUUAAAAGGUAGCACUUUUCACUUCUGUGUGUUUUUAAAAUUAAUGUUAUGGAAGACUCACGAUUUCUAUUUUGAUUUAAAGCUAGAAAAGGAUUCAACAUAAUAUGUUUAAUUCUGAUACACUGUUCUCAUAGAGUGAUGAGUCCACACUUUCACAUAAUUCUUAAAAUUUUAUAGUUGGGCUAAUUCCAGAAAGUCUAAUGUCUCAAAGUAGGAUAUGCUUAUUACUUUUUAGUAAGACAUUUGAAUUUUUUUUUUUUUUUAAGAGAGAAAUACCUUAAAAUAUUCAUUCUACUUUAAUGGGUAUGUUAAGGACCAGGGUGCAUUAUUUUCUAAGGUGAAAAUUUAGUGUGCCUAGGACAAGGUGGAAAGUUGUUUAUCCUGAGGAAUAAUGCUAAUUGUCAGACUGUGGUAUCAUGUCUGCAACUUUUAGAAACAGUGCUUUAUUGCAGCAGUGUUUUCUAUUUGGCUUUUUUUUUUUUUAAUGGCAUUGAAAUUUUAGAAGAUAGCUCAUUCUGAAACCUUAAGGGUACCAGAUAUUUUCUGCAGGAUUUCUGAUGGCAUUGAAAGACAUGUUUUAACAGCCUUAGUAACUUCUCUUUUCUAGUGCAUUAAACAAAUUUUCAUUUUAAAAGUAAGCCAUUUCAUUAUAAGUACUAUGAGGCGAAAUUAUUUGUUCAUGUUGAAUUUUAAAAUAUCAUUCAAAAGCAAACAAAACUAGUCAAAAAUGUUGGAAAAGUUUUAUACAUUAAGAUUGGAUUUUUUUCCUCCAAAACGGUAUGUUUAUCGGCACAUUUCACUUUUGAGCAAAUACUCAGAUUUAAUAAAAUUUUAAAAUCAUGUAUUUAUCAGCUUAAAAUAGAUAAAAACUUAGCUUAAGAAUUUUGUUUUAAUUUAUAUCUUAUUUUGAAACACACUUAACUCUUUGCUAAAGCUCUGCAUUUCCGGUUACAAUUUAGAGACAUUUUGAGCCUCGUUUUUCUUUGAUACUUGAAAUAGAGGGAGGUAGAACACUUCAUCAUGUUAAACCUGCUGCAAGAGCCAGAACUUUGAGUAGUUGUUUUCCAAAUGAACUGAGGGGAUCCAGAAUUUGGAUUUUUUUUUUUUUUUAAUUGUACUUUAGAUGAAGGUUUACAGAACAAAUAUUUCUCAUUAAACAGUUAGUACACAUACUGUUUCAUGACAGUGGUUAACAACCCCAGGACAUGUCAACGCUGUCCCUUCUCAGCCUUGGGUUCCCUAUUACCAACCUUCCUGACCUCUCCUGCCACUGUUGUGCCCCAUUAGUCUCAUUUUGUUUUAUGAGGCUGUCUAGUCUUUGGCUGAAGGGUGAACCUAAGGAGUGACUUCAUUACUGAGCUAAAAGGGUGUCCAGGGGCCAUACUCUCGGGGUUUCUCCAGUCUCUGUCAGGCCAGUAAGUUUGGUCUGUUGUUGUGAGUUAGAAUUUUGUUCUAUAUUUUUUCCAGCUCUGUCCGGGACCAGAAUUUGGUAUUUUUUUAUCUAAAUUAGAUGCUGCAUAAAACAACUACCAGACAUGCAGAUUUCACAGUAUAAAAUAUGAAGCAUUCAUUUCUAAACCUUAUUACCUAAGGUAAUAUAUGCACCUUUUGAAAUCCAAUGUGUGUUCAAGUAAGUAAAGCAUAUUAGAAUUACAGGUUGACAGAUUUUUUUUUCUUCAAGUAGAUUAACGGUAUUUGUGUGGGGUUUUGUUUGUUUACAAAUAAUCAGACUAUAAUAUUUAAACAUGCAAAUUAAUUGACAGCAAUGUUGCACAUGUUUACUAAAUAUAUACUUUAAGCUGUUCCAUGGGUGCCCACAGUCACACAUACACACACAUUACUGCAUUGAGAACUUUGGAGCUAUGUUGCAGACAAUAGCUGCAGCUGUUAUUUUCAGUCAGGAAAUUACGAUGAUAUAAAAUAAUUCAAUAGUGAAUGUUACUCUGCACCAUCCAUGUGCAGUUUUAAAUUCCACUACACUACAUGGAAGUAAAUGGACAUUCCAGAAUAUAGAUGUGAUUAUAUAAUCUUAAACUAAUUAUUAAACCAAUGAUUGCUGAAAAUCAGUGAUGCAUUUGUUUUAGCGUAUAACUCAUUGUUUACAAUGUUCUCAAUAAAUUUAUAUAGUAGUGAAUUACAUGCCUUCUGUGUACAUUUUAUAAGUGCAUUUUAUAUCACAAUAAAAAUUUUUUCUCUUUAA